UGCCAUACCGUACGAACCGAACGGUAAAUCGCCUGUUGAAAUACUGCAAGAAAAGGGCUCCGCGGACUGCCGUUCAAGUAUCGAUUUCUUGCUGGUGUGGAAGCAAACGAGAAAGGAAKCGACACCUACCUAUUGCGAUUCCCUGUUCGGAGAAAAUCAAUACUAAACGAACUUAGACUUACGAACAGCAAAWAUAAAAAGCAACAAUGUCAGCAGUAUUCUUACCUCAAUCCCGCAUCAAGGAGGUGCACAUUGAAGGCCUUGUAAGUCCACGUUCCGUCUCAUCUGUCCAGGCUAGGCUCGUUGCAAGCUGCCCAACCCGUGCAACAUAGAACUCCGACUCUUUUGUUUCACCGGAACCAAUCUSUUCAGCGACUCAAUUUUUUUUCUAUUAAUCUCACUUUGCCAAAUACGCGGUGCACGGUACGUUCUUCGGUAUUUGUACACGAAYCUUUUGUCGAUAUUCGCAUGCUGUGUUUUGCUGUUUGGUCAUUCKUGGCAACAGGCAAUGAUGAAAAUCGUGAAGCAUUGCCAAGAAUCGCUGCCAAAUAUGGUCCAGGGAGCGCUUCUGGGACUCGCUGUGGACGGGGAUAUUUUGGAAGUCACGCACGCCUUUCCAAACCCCGCCGGAAAGACCGACGACGACAUCGACGAGGAAUAUCAGGUGGAAAUGAUGCGCAUGCUCCGCGAGGUCAACGUAGAUAACAAUUGCGUUGGAUGGUACCAAUCGAUGUACCUGGGAGUUUAUUCGACUGCCAGUGUGUUGGAAAAYCAAUUUAGUUACCAAACAGAAGUUUCUCCCAAUGCCGUGGUUAUUCUAUACGACCCAUUACAAACGGCGAACGGAAACUUUUGCCUCAAGGCCUUUCGGUUGUCCGAUGAAUGCGUGGAAAUGAAGAAAUCGGGUAGCAAUGAUUUCCUCAAGCCCUCCAAUAUAUUCGAAGAGCUGCCCGUGAGAUGCACAAACCCGAGCCUGGCAACCGCCAUGCUGCAGGACUGGACUCCCAAGUCGGGCAUUGCCCUGGAUCGUUUGGACAUGAGCACGCAACCGUACCUUGAAAAGCAUCUAGAAUCACUGUGUGGAUGGGUCGACGAACUAGCGGGCGAGCAACAAAAAUUCCAAUACUACACACGGCACCUGGCGAGAGGCAACAAUAAAUCAAAAGCGAGCUGGGCCGCCCCCGAAGCUCCGAAACGAAUGGAGAGUCUCUUGGUCACAAAUCAAAUCGAAAACUAUUGCGAACAGAUGGACAAAUACGUUGGCGGAGGCCUUGGAAAACUCUUUUUGGCCGGAGGUUUGCACAAGGGAGAACGAUCUACCAGUGCUUGAGCGAAUUAACAGGAGCCGAGCCGAGCUUUGUAAGCGAUUGAAUAUGGCACAGAAUACUAUGCUUGCUCUUUGGAUCACUACACUUAUCUAGCUAGAUAUGUACGGAUGCACCAGAAAAUACAGGAAUCUAGUUGGGAUCCUUCAUUUUGCGAAACAUAUCAUAUUCUUGUUCGAACUAAUAGUAAUAUUGUUAUGAUUAAUGAUAAACAAGAGGAGUACCGGUAGAUUUACAAAAUCGUUUUUGUAUCGUGCCAGACUCGAACUACGUACACGCUACAUGGGACACGAAGAAGAMWAGUCGAURAGAAAAGUCUGAGGUGUGUACGUAUCAGACUGACCAGCAAUAAGUUCAUAAUUACUUA